UAUCUGGUAAAGGAUCAGUAUCGAUUCAAAACCAAAAUUUUGCUGAUAGCAAUAAACCAAAGAACAAAAAGCAGAAAACUCAGCUUCAACAAUUAUUAGCCGAGGAAAAAAGAAUGAAAGAUGAAACCAAAGGUUCAAUAAGUGGUUUGAAUCUGGAAGAUUUUUUGUCGUCAUUGUGA